UGACCGGAAAUCCAAGCGGCCUGUUCCCCUGAGUCCUUUUCUCCGUCUCUAUGAAUGAACCUGCUUGACCCUUUUCUCGGGUGAGGAGGGUGGCAGCUGCCGCCACCCCCGCCGUUCUGCGCGCUUGCGCGCGGGCUGCUGCGGUGCAUUCUGGGCGCGCCCCUUGCUUCCCGCGGUGACUGUGCACAUACCGGGAUAAGGAGCUGCCGCCGCCGCCUUUGCUGCUUUUCUUCUGCUGCUGCCGGCGCCUUCGGUCGUCCCGCGGUCCCUGACGCGGAGGAAUCCUCCGUCCCUCUUCCUGCCGCCGCCGGAAUGGUCGGGGUGAAGGUGAUCGCCAACGACGCGGAGUUCCAGAGCGAGCUGAGCGCUGCGAGCUCGCGACUGGUAGUGGCCAAGUUCACGAUGAGGGGAUGUGGCCCAUGUUUAAGGGUAUCUCCUGCAUUCAAUGCUCUGAGUAAUAAGUAUCCCCAAGCAACAUUUUUGGAAGUCGAUGUACAUCAGUGCCAGGGAACAGCUGCAACCAAUAAUAUAUCAGCCACCCCCACGUUUCUGUUCUUCCGGAACAAAGUGCGGAUUGACCAGUAUCAAGGCGCUGAUGCUGUGGGAUUAGAAGAGAAAAUCAAACAACACCUAGAGAACGAUCCUGGGAAUAAUGAAGAUGCUGAUAUUCCUAAAGGCUACAUGGAUUUGAUGCCAUUUGUUAAUAAAGCUGGCUGUGAAUGCCUUAACGAAAGUGAUGAAAACGGGUUUGACAACUGUUUACGUAAAGACUCUUCCUACCUGGAAUCGGACUGUGAUGAACAGCUGCUUAUUACAGUAGCAUUUAAUCAGCCUGUCAAGCUUUAUUCAAUGAAAUUUCAAGGGCCUGAAAACGGUCAAGGUCCAAAGUACAUUAAAAUGUUUAUCAACCUCCCACGAUCUAUGGAUUUUGAAGAGGCAGAAAGAAGUGAACCCACUCAGGCCCUGGAACUAUCGCCGGACGAUAUUAAAGAAGACAGUAUUAUCCAGCUUCGCUAUGUAAAGUUUCAGAAUGUUAACAGUGUAACUUUAUUUGUCCAGUCCAAUCAAGGGGAUGAGGAAACAACAAGAAUUGCAUAUUUCACAUUUAUCGGAACACCGGUCCAGGCGACAAACAUGAAUGACUUUAAGCGGCACUUUCCUGGCCCAAAGAAAUAAAAAUGCAGAAGAUACAUAUAUAUAUAUAUAUAUAUUUUUAAUGACCUUUCCUUUUGCCACCCCUUUGCCCUGCUCCCUCUGCUCACUCAGCACCUGCCUUGUCCUUUCCACUAUUCCACUGCUUCUGAUACCAUCGCUUUCUACUCUGCACCUUCUGGGACAGCUUUCCUGGGCCACCUUCUUUUCUCGUGGACUCUUUUUUUUCUUUUCUUAAUAUACCAUUUUAAAAUCUUCUUUUUAUACUGUUUUGCUGCUCAGCAGUCUCAUUCUGCUAUUCAAAGCUGCUGCUCAUUCUAAGUCUUCUAAUUUUCUUUCCGUGGUAUAUUUUCACCUGUGCAUCUUGUAUUUUCUCCUUUUGUCCUAACUGUGAAUCCUGGAUUUGGAAGGGGACUGCCGCACCCCUCAACUACAAAUCCACAGCCUGGGUGACUUAUAGAGUUCCAGGUGCUCACAUUUCCCUAACCCUCUUCAAAGCAGGGACUUUUUUUUCAGUGUUUCAAGGCUGAACAGCCCUUAAUAGCUUUUCGUAAGAGUUCACUCCUGCAUGUGUGGCUGCCUUGCACUGAGUCAAGCCAUUGAUUCUCCUAGCUCAGUACUGUCUACUUUGAUUGGCACCAGCUCUCUGAGAGAUCAGGCAGAGAGGAGACGGGCAUUGGACCCUGAGCAUGUAAAGUGUAUGCUUUACAUAAGAACAGCCCUGCUGGAUCAGGCCCAAGGCCCAUCUAGUCCAGUAUCCGGUUUCGCACAGUUGGAAGACUACUCUAUGUAUUUAUGUCAAAGGAAUGUGGGGCCUCCCCCAGCCCUGACUGACACCACCCCCUCCAGGCAGGGACAAACAAAAAAACACAGGCGUUUGCUAGCACUUGCAAAUCACUCUCUCUCUCUCUAUCUCUCUCUCUCUCUCUCUCUCUCUCUCUCUCUCUCUCUCUCUCUCUCUCUCUCAGACUUCUCCCUUAAAGAGAAACCAGCCCCUGAAAAUCUCCCCUCCUCCUGUUAGUUUGAAGGGGGGAAAGGCUAGAUGCUCAGAAAAGCUUGCUCACCUCCCCAAGAUGUGUCUGCUCUUGACAGAGUAGUCUUCCAACUGAGCAACACUUGGGGCUAUGGAGCUUUACUAUGGAGCUGUGUGUCCUUCAAGGAUUCAUUGCUUCAUACCACGGGAGCCAUUGCACACUUUUCAGGUAGAAGUGUGUGCUUUCUGAUACAAUAGUCUGCAAUAUUGUGUUAUCACAGGGUUCUCAAACCAGGGUCCCCUGGAUGUUGAACCACAGCUCCUGUCAUCCUCGGUCACAAUGGCCAGCAACAUCAGGGUCCUCGGUUUGAGAAUCCCUGCUUUAUCAUGAGAAUGUUAUGGGGAAGAGUCGUCCAGAUGACACUAACCAUCACAAAAAUGGUUAAACGAAUGAGAUCUAAUCCAUUGUGAUUAUGUGUAAAUCAAAAUGAGAGACAAUAGUCCUGCUCAGUUGGACUACUGGAAAAAGGAUUACUGCCAGAUCAACAUAGGAAGUCUCCAUAUACUGAGUCAGACCCUCUGGCUUCUUCUUGAUACCGACAAAAGGCCUCCAGGGUGCCAGGCCUACCGGUACCUGGUGAUCCCUGGGAAUUGAAGCUUGGGGCUUCUGCAUGCCUAAGCACCACCUCUGGAACUGAGCUGGUGCCUUCUGCUUGCCUUCAACAUUCAGCAGCUUUCUAGCUCUCCAAUAUUGUCUUCUUAAUACUAUGAAUAUUUAUAUACUGCUUUUCAACAAAAGUCCCCAAAGUGGUUUACAGAGAAACAAAUAAAUAAAAUGGCUCCCUGUCCCCAAAGCGCUCACUCUACAAAAUACCGGCAACAGCCACUGGAGGGAUACUGUGCUGUGGGUGGAUAGGGCCAGUUGCUCUCCCCCUGUGAAAUAAAGAGAAUCGCCUUUUUUUUUAAAAAAAGUGCCUCUGCUCAGUCAGCAGGGAUGAGAGAGAGCGAGCAGGCCCACUUUCUUGCUGAAAGAACCCUACUAAACACAGUGCAGUGGGCAUCCCUGGAAAGGCAGUUUCUCUCACCUAUUUUCAUUCUCCCCCAGGAAACCCUGCCUGUCUUGGGGCAUAAUGGCACUAUACCCCAAAGGAGUGGUUUUAGGCACAGAUGGGCAGGGGUAUGGCCUGGGUGUCACACUGCCCAAAUUGGAUGGUCUUCACACCCAUGUGCAAAUUCCUUUAAGAAUGAAGAAAGCCUCAUGGUGCCCACCCCAGAUAGGAAUGAAAAUGUCUGGGUGAGUUUCCUCUCUAAUGGAAGACAAAUUCACCUAGAAUUUUAUAUGAAGUGGGUUCAGUGGCAGCACCAGAAAAAAAAUGAGGUUUGGGGUGCAGAAGGGGCAAAGUGCAUUUAUAGGUGGGUGAGCGGGGAUCCACAUAUUAGAUUUCUGAAGCAGAAAUGGGAGUUGGGGGGCAGGCUACUUGGGGAAGAGUUUGCCCAUCCAUGCCCCCCACUGGAGCCACCCUUGAGUGCAUUGCUCGUGAGGAAGAAAGUGUUUUUGUAGAAGAAUGCAAGUAACUGACUUAAAAUGGCAUUGCUCUGUUGCUUUCUUUUUUUUAAUCUUACCAUUGUAUGCAGGCAAACCUAACUGCUGACAAAAAUGUGAAUGCCAAAAAAAAAAAUGUUUUAAUA